UUGACUGACUGUGGGAGUGAUUUAGGCUUUUACUGAAUAAGUUUGAGAGCGGCGGCGUAAGGAGAGGUCAGAGAAGCAGAGAUCUUCUUUUUUCAUACAUCCGAAAAUGUUAUUCACGUCGGCCCAGUGGUUGCUAGCGAGAGCGUUCAUUGCGCGCUACGAGUUGGCACGUGAGAAAAGGCGCAGGAAACACGGGCCAUCGUGGAAUUCACACGCUGGUUGCCUUAGCGCAUUUUGGUAACUGUCCGCGCAAAAAGGAGAAAAUACUUCGAUAUCAGUGACAUAUAACACAUAACCUAUACACCCGCGCUGCUCUUAGGACAGGAGAUCAAGAAAGAAAAUGGCCUACAGUUUCUCCGCUAGUUGGAGACCCUUUCCCGCCAAAUAAAAUAACGUUCUCCCAAGAUACCUAUGUUUCUCGAUUGAUUUGGCGUUCCCUCUUUGCUGUGCCCGUUAAAAAUUGGAUAACCGGUCCUUCAAUACUUUUCUCCUUCUGUGCUCCGGCACUGCCAUGAGCAGCCAAACGAGGGGUUCCAGGGGACGCCUCUUGAGUCGUGGUACGAGUCUGGGAUCCUGAGCAAGAGCGCCUACCCCAUCGAGCACCUGGCCGAUGCUCUCAGGCUGGCGGUGUUGUACAAGCAAGGUGGCGUGUACCUCGACAUCGACGUCAUCGUGAUGCGAUCCCUGGACUCGCUGCCACCUUGCGUCUGCCAGUCGCCUGUGGAGAAUGGCGACAUGGUGAGCAACGGCUUCUUGGCCUUUCGCCGAGGUGAUCCCUUUCUGCUGUACCUGAUGCAACGCGUAUGCGAGGUGUACAGGCCGAAAGAGUGGAGCUCCAUUGGACCCAAGCUGCUGCGUCGGGUAACACUGGCUCGAUGCGGGGCCCGACAGGUGCAAGCGCUGCUCGGACGCCGAUGUGGUGGCGACACGGGCUUCACGGUGAUGCCCCACUGGAUGUUCCUGCCAGUGCCUUACGACCGGUGGCAAUCGUUCUUCGUCGCCAAUGCUAGUCGUGAGGCCUGGCUCAUGUCCUCCGCGAGCUACGUCAUGCACGUCUACAACAAGAUGAGCUCGAAAGCGCCUGCAGUGCCUGGCUCCGCAUACAGGCAGGCGGCCGAGAUCUACUGCCCAGACAGUUUACGGCUGUCGUUGCAAAUCCAGGGCACCUUCUGACAUUGUUAUCUGGGAACUGGAAUUUAGCGUUUUGUAUGCGCCAUGACCUGCAGGACCAUGGGAAAGUGGCGGAGGGCUCUGCGCAGGUCAUAGUUUCAUACAAACUUACUAACCUGGGGAAAAGUGGCUCUGCAAUCGCCCCUCCACCAUAGAAAUAUUUAUUUAUUAUUUAUUUAUUAGUACUGCAAUCCCCUCUUUAAGAAUUUUAGCAGGUUACGUAUUACGCAAAUGCAAUCAUAAGCCAAAUAUGCCCAAACGAACAAACAAUAUAACUUACAAUAAGCAUGGCUAAUGACACCAUAACAUACCGUUUAAGGCAAAUAGUCUAAACUCAAUACAAAUUAUGUUAGUGUGGACUCCAUUACUGCGCUAUCAUCAUCAGACUAUCUUUAUGUCCAUCGGCAGGACGAAGGCGACUUCCAGCGAUCCCUGUGUUGCGUCCCCUGUCCUGCGCUAACUGAUUACAACUUGCGCCUGCAAGUUUCCUCAUCACGCCACCUAGUUUUCUGCCUUCCUCGACUGAGCUUCCCUGUCCUGGCACCUAUAUUCUGUAAUUCUAAUGGUGCUACGGUCAUCUGCCCUGCGCAUUACAUGUUCUGCCUAGCUCCAUACCUAAAAAAAAAGAAGAGAAACCACACACAGCGCACAAGAGAGGACAACGGGACAGAACGCCACUCACAACUACUCUUUGUCGCCAUCGAAAUAUCCCAUCUGUUCCUGUGCUUGUUACAUCAGGGGUCCCACAGGGUUCAGUAAUGGGUCCGCUGUUAUUUUUGAUUUUUAUCAAUUGCAUUACAAAUAACAUUGACUGUAAUAUUAAACUCUUUGCAGACGACUGCAUAAUAUAUGGAGAAAUA